CCCCGAUAACACACCUGUGACACCUGUGACAACCUGUGGAAAUGUGGGAGGCUGCUCAACUUCCCCAUUCCUAAAACCAUAUAACAAAGACUACCGCGAUUUCAAUCAUUGUCCCAGUUCUGUCGCAGACAUCCAUACACACAUAUCAUAUCGGCUUCGUAAUAAAUAUUUAAACCUGGCAUGAUUGUCGCUCCACGAGAAUGAAUGCAAUCGGCUUCUUCUCGUCAAGUAAGCUGGUCUACCGUUCAAGAUGUCGUUGAUACAAGUUGAAGAUUUGGUAUCCUACCAAUUACGAACAAGUUAUCUCAACGAGGUUGCUGAUGGCGUUGGCGAACGUCUCAUUACCAUUAACGACACUUUCCUAAACACCGCCCCUUUCAAAGCCGCUGGCUGGCGAUCGAACCCGUCGCAUAUUAAGCGAACCCAUUCCCCUCCGAUACCUACAGCUAUCGCCUCCGAAUACUUCCAGGCUGCUCCGAGGUCUACGGGCCUUACACUUGAGGAUGAAGCUGAAGAAGGGGGGAUGCUGACUAGCGGCGGAGAUACGUUGGGACCAGGAAGCGCUCUCAGGCGGCGCAGAGAAAGACGCCGAGAGCAGAUGGAUGAAGAUGAUAGUAGUGACUUGAGCGACGAGAGUGAUGACGAGACAGACCAGAGGGCGGCACAGCAAAUAAGAUUUGCAAAGAUGCCCCUCCGAAGUCGAGCUGGAUCCUCGCCUAUUCAAUCGUCUAAUCUGCGUCAAGCCACCAACAUGUCAUCUCCACAAGCCACCCCGGCACCUCGACGGGGAUCGCAGCCUGCUUUAGAAACUGUUAGGGAACGGCCGCGGCGGGACACCGUUACCAGUAGCGAAAUUUCGUCCGACAACGAGUUCGAUGCUUCAGGUUAUCAUAAAAACAGAGAGAUUGCGAGAACGAGAGCGGCUAGGUCACAUUCCAGAACUACUCCGGAAUCUGGGCAGAGCAUCAGACGUCAUGGAAGCCACUUACUUCCCGAAGAAGAGGAGAACUCUGAUAUGUCGGAUACUUCUUCGGCAUUUGCCGAAAGUGUUGAUUCAACUUCUAUUCUAGAUGCAGUUGAGAAUCCGGCAGUCGGUACUUCACCAGGUCAACAGGUAGUCGGCACAGUACCGAAACAAUUACUACGGCAGUCUACAAUCAGAAAGCUGGCGCCAUCAGCGCAGCCACAGAUGCUUCAAGCACUUCCACCCCCCCGACCUAUGAGUACUAUCAGGCCUCUCAGCAUGGUUCCACCUCGUAGCUUACUCUCAGACGCAUUUAAGGCGAAAAGAACCAAACCAGCUAUGCCAUUUGAUGAGUUCGCAUCUCUGUCGGGCCAGGGAGAUCCUGAUCCCCUUAGAAUAAGAAUAUACGCGCCGUUCUCUAAAGACCCCGAGACACCCUUCGAGGUGCCCAUAAGACGCAAUAUUCAGGAGGCGGAUGGGACUUUCAGGCCGGUGACCGUUGCCGAGUUAAUUGGCUUGAGUCUAUGGAGGUAUCACGCCGAAAAGCUCCAACCCCCUGUCCCUGCCGACAAGCUAAAUGUAAAUUGGUGGACCCUACGGAUGGUUGAAGAAGGUGGCGAGGUUGAUGAUGAUUUCGAGCCGCUGGAUCGUAAAAAGCCGGUGAACUCGUUCACUACGGCAAAUAACAGAGCAGCAAGGUCACGGGGUGCUUCCAAAGCCUACGAUGAAUUCGCCCUGGUGCAAGCUUCGGAGGCCGGCUUUGAGGAAAAUCAGACCCAAACACCACAGUACAAACAGCAGGAUGUAGCGGAGGACGUAAACGACGAAGAGGCAACCCCAAGGAAUACGCCUCAGCCGCAAGUAUCCCCGCAAGUCGCAGCACAACCGCGAUUGAAUCCUAUCAUUACCACAACCUAUCGGGUAGAUACCCUUCUAGCUGAUAAGCCGCCUCCUCAGGCUGCUGCCCCGGCUGCGAGUAGAGGUCAACAUAAACUGCUGAAGGUCCAUAUAUUAUCAUCCAAUACUGCUCCAGGGCAAAUGGUGACUCUCGAUGUUACUACAGAUAUGUACCUCGCCGAGGUUCUUGAUCUUGUUUGCCGUAAGAGGCAACUCGAUAAGAAUACUCACGUACUCAAACUUCCCGAUUCUGGCGCGGUAGUCCUCGUAGACCGUACUGUUUCGUCAAUCGGCAACGUCGAGGAUCUGGAACUUCACCGUCGUCGAUUUGCAACAGAUGGUCCGCUGACGAUCGGUUCGCCUAGCAGUCCCUCCCCCAAGCCGCAUGUGUGGAACGAGCUACCCCAGAAGGGAAAAAAGAAGUUCAUGACAACGCAUCCCCUUGCUCAGGAGAAUACGAUGCAAGAUGAAGCCGGCAGUGGCGACGUCAAGUAUAAAAAAUACACGGUCUGGCGCAAGCAGGCGAUACGAUUUGUUGGCAUGAACGAGCGAAUACUCGUUAUCGAUGGCGAGUACGUAUAUAUACACCCAUCUUCUGGAGGCAAAGUAAUCCGCGAAGGAGGGAAGACCACGACGGUCCACUUCAGUAACGUGAUCGGAUGCAGUGUUUCGCGCCGUCAUCCAACCAAUUUUAAAGUAAGUCAACACGGGUCCCUAUUUAUUCCCACAGUGUAGAUGCUGAAACCUAGUCUAGCUCCUUGUGUACAAAGACACGGA